AUGCUUCGCCUGCCCCGUGUUGCCCGUCAGUCCCUCUCAUUACACAAAAAUCAUCAUAUUUCAAGAUUCUACGCCAAAGAUGUGAGGUUCGGCGCUGAUGUAAGAGCUCUCAUGCUACAGGGCGUCGAUAUUCUUGCCGAUGCUGUUGCAGUCACAAUGGGCCCAAAAGGUAGGAAUGUUAUUUUAGAACAGUCAUGGGGUGCGCCUAAAAUCACCAAGGACGGUGUGACUGUCGCAAAGGGAGUUGAACUCAAAGACAAGUUCCAGAACAUUGGAGCAAAAUUAGUUCAAAAUGUAGCGAAUAACACGAACGAAGAGGCGGGCGACGGUACCACGACGGCCACAGUUCUCGCGCGAGCAAUCGCCAAAGAAGGGUUUGAAAAAAUUUCCAAGGGCGCUAAUCCCAUUGAAAUAAGGCGGGGUGUAAUGAUGGCCGUGGAUGCUGUGAAAGAUAAGUUAAAGAGUAUGUCGAAGCCAGUCACAACGCCAGAGGAGAUAGCACAGGUCGCGACCAUCUCCGCGAAUGGUGACACGGCAAUUGGUAAGCUCAUCGCGGAUGCCAUGAACAAAGUUGGUCGCGAUGGUGUAAUUACCGUGAAGGAUGGCAAGACGCUUAACGACGAAUUGGAGGUUAUUGAAGGUAUGAAGUUCGAUAGAGGUUAUAUUUCUCCUUAUUUCAUUAACUCAUCAAAGGGAGCCAAGGUAGAAUUCCAAGAUGCCCUAGUUUUAUUCUCAGAGAAGAAAAUUAGCAAUGUGCAAACAAUAAUCCCAGCUUUGGAGCUUGCCAACCAACAGAGAAAGCCAUUAGUCAUUGUUGCCGAGGAUGUUGACGGUGAAGCUUUGUCUACUUUAGUAGUUAAUAGGCUUAAGAUUGGUCUGCAGGUUGCCGCAGUGAAAGCACCUGGCUUUGGUGACAACCGUAAGGCUACCUUGAGUGACAUGGCAAUUGCUACUGGCGGAGUUGUGUUUGGUGAUGAUGCAAACCUUAUUAAGCUUGAAGACCUGCAGCCAUCAGAUUUAGGUCAAGUAGGUGAAGUUAUCAUUACUAAAGAUGACACAUUACUAUUAAAAGGUAAAGGUAAAAAAGAUGACAUUGAAAGAAGGGCUGAACAGAUUAGAGAUCAAAUUCAGGAGACCACCUCUGAAUAUGAAAAGGAAAAACUUCAAGAGCGCCUUGCAAGGUUAGCUUCCGGUGUUGCUGUGCUACGUGUAGGUGGCUCAAGCGAGGUUGAGGUAAAUGAAAAGAAGGACCGUGUCAAUGAUGCUCUUAAUGCCACUCGUGCUGCCGUCGAAGAAGGAAUUGUUCCUGGUGGAGGUUCUGCCCUGCUCAGAUGUAUUCCCACACUUGUUGAUCUGAAAACUGCUAACAGCGACCAAGCAACUGGUGUGGAGAUCAUCAAGAAGGCCCUUAGGAUGCCAUGUAUGACUAUUGCAAGAAAUGCUGGUAUUGACGGAUCUGUUGUAGUAGCUAAAGUUGAGGACUUGGGUCCGGAAUUUGGUUAUGAUGCGCUUAACAAUGAAUAUGUUAACAUGAUUGAGAAGGGAAUCAUUGAUCCCACUAAAGUAGUCCGAACUGCACUUACUGAUGCCAGUGGUGUGGCAUCACUGCUUACCACAGCAGAAGCUGUAAUUUGUGAAAUCCCUCAGGAAAAAGAACCUAAUCCUAUGGCUGGAAUGGGUGGUAUGGGUGGCAUGGGGGGAAUGGGUGGAAUGAUG